GAGCCAGGUGAGCUGGCCCCCGGGGCCAUGUCCGCCGCCACCCCCGCUUCGGUGGCCGCCUCCUCUUCGAGCCCCUACCCGCUCGAGCAAUUGGGAGGAUGGGAAAGGGAGCGUGGGGAGGAGAUGCGGAGGCUGAACAAAACGGGGCAGGAGAGAGACGGACCCGGGAGAGGACGAUCCGUGUGAGCAUGCGCAGCUGCGGGUUAUUUUCAUGCAUCUGCUUGCUGGCUUGUAGGUUCGUCCCUCAUGGACCCAGUUCUACGCCCAUUUGGUGCAUUUGGGCCUCUGGACAUUCCAGCUGUAGCCGGCCUGCAUCAUGCAUGGGUCAUGCAUGACCCAGCUGAUUCUGUUUGGGGAGAGGCAGGCUUGCAUGCUUGCUCUCACCUGGCUAACUAACCUGCUCUCACCUGGCUGACUUAACUAGCUAACUGACUAACCCCUUCUCUGUAGCCUGGGGCCCAGCCCCGGGACUACCAUGGCUCUGUCUCCAGCUCCUGCUGCCCUCCAACACCCCUCGCUGCUCCUGCUGGCCUUUCUGAGCUCAGGUUGGGGGGAGUUGGCUCCGCAAAUUGAUGGUCAGGCCUGGGCGGAACGGGCACUUCGGGAGAAUGAACGCCAUGCUUUCACCUGCCGCGUGGCAGGGGGCCCAGGCACCCCGCGGCUGGCCUGGUACCUGGAUGGACAGCUGCAGGAGGCCAAGACCUCCAGACUGCUGAGUGUGGGCGGGGAGGCCUUCUCAGGGGGCACCAGCACCUUCACAGUCACCGCCCAGAGGGCCCAGCGCGAGCUCAACUGCUCCCUGUACGACCCUGGCAGCGGGCGAGUGGCCAACGCCUCCGUCAUUCUCCACGUGCAAUUUAAGCCAGAGAUUGCCCAGGUCGGGGCCGACUACCAGGAUGCUCAAGGCCCUGGCCUGCUGGUGGUCCUCUUUGCCCUGGUACGUGCUAACCCACCUGCCAAUGUCACCUGGAUGGACCAGGAUGGACCGGUGACUGUCAACACUUCCAACUUCCUGGUGCUGGAUGCCCAAAGCUACCCGUGGCUCACCAACCACACAGUGCAACUGCAGCUACGCAGCCUGGCACACAACCUCUCAGUGGUGGCCAGCAAUGAUGUGGGUGUCACCAGUGCAUCACUUCCAGCCCCAGGGCUGCUGGCCACCCGUGUGGAAGUGCCACUCUUGGGCAUCAUCCUGGCUGGAGGGCUUGCCCUGGGCACUCUCGUGGGCUUCAGCACGUUGGUGGCCUGCCUGGUGUGCAGGAAAGAGAAGACUAAAGGCCCCUCUCGGCGCCCAUCUCUGAUCUCUAGCAGGGCUCUGUGCCUCUGCAGUGACUCCAACAAUCUGAAACUCAACAACGUGCGCCUGCAGCGGGAGAACAUGUCCCUCCCAUCUAAUCUGCAGCUCAACGACCUUAAGUCUGACUGCAGAGGGAAACCCACCGAGCAAGUGCCCAUGGACCCCCACAGCUGUCCCGAACUUCAGGAGCCUGAGCACGGCGGCCUCCUCACCAGCCGAGGUUUCAUCCGCCUUCCCAUGCUGGGCUACAUCUAUCGUGUGUCCAGUGUCAGCAGUGACGAGAUCUGGCUGUGAGCUUGGCUGGCCCCAGGAUGCCCUUCCAGGCUUGCUUUCAGGCCCUGUUGUCACGGCCCACUUCCUCUGGCCUUCUUGGCUGGGGGCUGUGUCAACGUGGGACCUCUCAAGGACCCGACCCCACUGAGACACGCUGGGUCACAGGUAUCUCUGGCCUAAGCGCCUGCUCUUGCUAACAUCAGGUUGGAGGCCAGCUGGUGCCAUCCGUGUUUGGCAGGUGGUGUUCUCCGAUCAGGCUGGCUCCACACUUAGCACACCUCAGCACAAGUUAGUCGCGCUCUGGGGACAGGAAGUCCCUCCCCAUGCUAUGCAGGCUUGAUUCCUCUGGGAAAUCCCCAAUCCCCAAUCCCCCAGCUAAAACAACCAAACCGCCUUUUUGCACUAAGAAACUCUGGGGCAAGGCCAAGCACAAUUCUUUGCUGCACUUUCCAUGCCCUUGUCCCCUCGGUGCCCACCUCACUCUGUGUCACAGGACCUUGGCUACCUGUCCCUCCCUGCUGGCCUGGUCCCCCCGUGGCUAGUGCCUGUCCUUGGCACAAUCUGGAUGCCAUUGGGGGACAGCAUGGAGCUCCGUGUGCAUUUCACACUGUUGGCACUUUAAGCACAUCUUCCAUGGAGUGGGUGGAAUGAGGGUCCCUGGUUCCUCUCCAUGACUCUCCCAAGUAUAGCCUUCCUUUGGCACUCAGUACCUGAGCCCAUCAGGUGAAUGCCCACUUCCAAGUCACCUAGGCCAUGGCUG